UUUUAAAUUUAAUCUAGUUUUUAAAUUUCUAUGUAAAUUGAGACAAAUUUAUUUUUAAAUUUAAAUUGCUAAGAACCUGUUUAAACUUGUUUAAAUUGUACGUCAAAUGAAUGGAUACAAAAUUAAAACGAAAUAAACAACCAAAAUGCAUUUGCUUUACACAUAAUUUUGAAAAAAAUAUAUGCAGAGAUGUUUUUGUGGUUGCUUUAAAUGAACUUCUAAAGCAUAUUUUGUUUAUACGUUAUCAAAUUCCUCAACCCUUAAUAAGUAUUCAAAAAGAGAUAUUUGAUGAAGAAAAGUUGAGCGAGUCAAGAGAUAAAGUUUCAAGAAAUCCAAACUAUAAGAGAUGGUUACAAAAAUCUUGUUUUGUGAAAGGAUUUUUAGAGAUAACCUCUAGUCUAACUAAAGUUAUUCGAUCUGAAAUAAAUAAAGUUGUUUUUAUAUUUGGGUCAACUGUUAUCAGUCCUAAAGAAGCAAUUGUCAUACAUAUUGAUGAUGUUGUUUUUGAUGACGCGGAGAAAGAAAAUAUUCCAAUGGAAGAUACAGCAACUUUAUUAAGUGCAACUUGUCGAAGGCUAUUGCAAGAUGUAGUGACUUCUGAUCAGUUUCACAAUUUAAAGGAGCUUAAUUAUCGGUUGCCAUCUCGUGGAGUUGUUCAUAAUAUAUAUCUUAAAUCGAGCAUGACUGAAAAAGUUAAUCUAUCUUUGGAUACUGUUCAAAGUAUUUCAGAUAGAAAGGUUUCAACAAGUGAAUCGAUAGAAAUUGAUCUGCGUAAUGUUUUUGAUGAUCUCGCAAUUAGAGAACGAUUUGAAGGUUACUGGUAUCAAGCGAAUAUAAGCCUGCGAGGUUUCAAAGAUAAAUCUUCAAGUAAUGGAACAGAUUGGAUUUAAAGAAAAAGAAUAAUUAAUAAUUUGAUUUUUACAUCUAAUAUAUGUUUUUUUUAUGUUUCUUUUGCAGUAUUUGAAUUAAUGAGUUGUAGGUAUAUAUUUUUAAAUUUUAAAAUCUUAAAUUUA